AUGGUACCUACUGAUCGCUUGGAGUUCACGUCGGGAACACCACUUCCUGAUGGCUCAAAGUAUCGUCAGAUUGUUGGGAGCACUUCACCAGGUCAAACACUGCGUUUUCUGUCAACAAGUUAUCUCAGUUUAUGCAUCGUCCUAUUAAUAUUCAUUGAUUGGCAAUCAAGAGAGUUCUUCGCUAUCUUGCUGGGACUAAAGACCGUGGUAUCUUUCUUCGUCGCAACAAUACCAUUGCUCUUCAUGCCUUCUCAGAUGCUGAUUGGAGAAACAACAAGGAUGAUUACACUUCGACAUGGGCAUAUAUCAUUUAUCUUGGUAGUAAUCAUGUUGCUUGGUCUUCUAAGAAGCAAAAAUCUGUUUCUCGCUCUUCUAGAGAGGCAGGAAUAUUGGGCUGUUGCUGACGCAACUUCAGAGCUCUGUUGGGUUGUGUCUUUUCUACGGGAGUUGGGCAUCAAGUUUGUAACCCAGCCUAUCAUAUAUUGUGACAAUGUAGGAGCAUCGUAUCUUGUUGCUAAUCCUAUGUUUCAUUCGGGAAUGAAACAUGUGGCUUUAGAUUAUCAUUUUGUUCGUGAAUUGGUCCAAUAUGGUUUUUUCGAGUCUCUCAUGUGUCUACCAGGGAUCAGUUGGCAGAUGCAUUGA